UAGUCGUCAUCCGCCUUAUUAUACCCAAUUCGCAGCAAACAACCGCAUUCUCUUAGAUCUAAAUCCACGAUUUCACUACCACCAGCAUAUAUCCCUUUUACACUCCCAAUACGUGACUGCUAUAUACCAGGUCGCAUCGGAGUUUCACGCCUUAAUCUACUCUAAGAAAAGGAUCGUCAUAAAACAAGCCAGCAUGCCUGGUUUCGACUUCUCAAACUACAAUCGUAAUGCGGCUCUGCACGCCCGAGGUGUCCCGCUGCCAAAGGCAACUAGCACCGGUACUACGAUCGUUGGAUGCAUAUUUGACGGAGGCGUCGUGAUCGCAGCUGAUACUCGAGCUACUAGCGGCCCUAUUGUCGCCGACAAGAACUGCGAGAAGCUGCACUAUAUCUCGCCACAAAUUUGGUGCGCCGGUGCUGGUACCGCCGCCGAUACAGAAUUUACCACCGCCCUCAUCUCUUCCCAACUCGAGUUACACUCUCUCUCGACUGGUCGGAAACCCCGCGUUGUUACAUGCAUGACUCUCCUCAAGCAGCAUCUCUUCCGAUAUCAAGGUUAUAUCGGGGCGUAUCUAGUCGUUGCCGGGGUUGACCCUACGGGAACCCACCUGUUCACCGUACAUGCCCACGGUAGCACAGACAAGCUUCCUUAUGUCACUAUGGGUUCCGGAUCGCUAGCAGCCAUGUCCGUUUUCGAAUCGCAGUGGAAGCCGAACUGCACCAAGGAGGAUGCCAUAGAGCUCUGUUCACAGGCUAUUCAGGCCGGUAUCUUCAACGAUCUGGGGUCGGGAUCAAAUGUCGACAUAGCUGUCAUUACCGCAGACAAGACUACCUUACACCGUGGCUUCGUCAAACCGAACGAGCGUAGCCAGAAAUUGAAGAACUACAAAUUCAAACGCGGUACUACAGCAGUACUUAACGAGAAGAUUAUCACCAAGGAUGAGAUCGGAAAAUACGUCAGCGUGCACGAGCUGGAGUCGGCAGAGGGUGAACGAAUGGAUGUCGAUUCGUGAGAUAAGGACAUGUACCGUUGAUCCUCUGUACCGAUAUAUUAUGGUAAUGCAAGAGUGUUAUCCUAUCAACGACGUAGGUACGUAAACUCAACACCGCACCCGCCCUUCCCCAAAAAAGGGUCCAAAGGGGGAGCUGCGCUUUAAUUAAGAAAAGGUAUCCACCUUCCUCACAUACCAAGGCAUAUAAGUCAGUUAUCAUUAGCUAAUCUCCGCCCUAAUAUCCCCAAGUUAAUUACCUAGGUACCUAAGUAGGUAGUUAGUCUUGUAGGUCAACAUCACAAGUGAGGAU